CUUAAACACCAUAGCAGAAUAUAGUGUCAUUGGACUGAACACACCCGACCGAGUCGUUUCGAUUUGUUUCAGGGAGCGCAUUUCAUACACAGCUUUCCGUCAUGGUAACUCUCGGCUUCUUUCGGAUAGUGUGUCUCUCAGCGUGUUUUAUUCUCACAGCUGCUGAUGAAGACUUGGUGAUCACACCCUCAAGACUGGUGGUGGAAUAUGGAGCUAAAGCCUCAGCUAACUGCACCACUCCUCACAACCAUCAAGGAAUGGGCUGGGAAGCCACAGAGGGAUCAAUAGAUAUGGUACAAAAUGUCCAUUUCCUCACCUGGACAGUGCAGAGCCUUACAGUGUGGGAUAUAAAGCCAGAGUGCUUUAUUAACUUGGCCAGGAAACAAUCAGUAAAGAAACUCCAGAUUACUGUUUACAAGCUUCCAGACACAUUGUCCAUUAACAGUCUUCCGCCUGUAAUCGAGGACGAACGCCGUUAUCUUCAAUGUGAUGUUCAAAAUGUUGCUCCUGUUCAGUACCUUAAAGUCACGUGGUACAAACAACAGUCUCCUGUGAAGAGUUUCUCCUUUAAUGAAUCCACCAUCACUCCAGUGAACGUAUCUAGUGAACUCAUGAUCAAGCCCAGCAGAGAAGAUGAUAGAGCCAAGUACUGGUGUGAGGCAAAGCUGGAACUGGGACCAGAUGGACCACAGCCUCCUCCUACAAUGACAUCAGAUCCUAUCCAUAUUAAAGUAUACUACAAGCCAAUGUUCUCUAAUGACACAGAGAUCAUAGAAGCAGGAGAUGGGAACAUUAUGUUAAACUGUACUGACACAGCAAACCCUCCUUCUGUUUACACCUGGGAGGGACUACAUCUGGAAGGAAAAAAGGAAGUUAAGUUAUCCUCAUUGUCUGUUUCUUAUCCAGGAAACUACACAUGCACUGCUUCAAACGCCUAUGGCAAAGCAAAGAAACUGUUCAUUAUCAAAUCUAAAAAUCAUAACUACACCACUCUGAUAGCUGUUUUGGUACCCGGACUGCUUUUAGCUGUACUGCUGAUUGCAGGUUACUGGUUCAAAUUUAGGAAAACUGCCACUGGAGGGUCUGCUAACCACAGCACGGCACCUUCUCCAUCAGCUCAGAAAGAGGAAGGUCAAGAGUUGGUUUCAGCUGCUAUUUGAGUUUAAUUUCUGUCGUGUUCAUGGGUGAGGGUCACAGUGUUUUUAAUGUGAUUUUAUUUCUGGUUCUGAUUCUGGUGCAGCAACCAUUGAUGAAGAGAUCAAGAUUUCUUUUGGUUUGUUUUAAUGUGCCAUGAUUGACAAAAGAGAGAAACCCUGACAUUGUGACACUGUGGGGUUUAUCUGGCUGUGAAGACUCACUCCCAUUUCUAUUCUGUUUUAGUUCUAGUCAUUUCAUACGCAUUUCCCCUCUUCCACUUUCACUUCCAGCUUGGAUUUUUCACAAUGAGUAGGAGUGCCACUGUAGUGAAAGUCAGCACGGCCGCUCCUGCUCAGUCUGAUUGAGCCAGUGUUGCCAUGGUAACACCCUGAACAGCCUGAAGAACUGUAGUAUUGGUUUUGGUCUAAUGAACUAUAGCUUGAGUUGAACUGAAUGCAGACAAGCGGAACGAAACACGGUGAAAAGUGCCAGUGUUUUAUACUAAAUAUCAGAACUCUUGUCAAGCCAGGUGAAUGAAGUGGAACGAAGCGACAUCCAUCUGUACACACUGGAUGGUACAAACCAGCAUUAAUGUUUUAUGUUUUUAGGACCUAUUUUUGCAUGUGGCCUUACAGUGGGGACAUACUGUAUGUUGAGACAUGUUUCAUACACAAAUAAUUGUCUAAUAAAAGAAAAAAGCCAUAAAGAUUCCCUGCUACGUCUAUGCUGGCUUGGUACAUGGAGUCUGUAUUUUUUGAUUCUCUCUAAAACAAACUACUUUUCAGAUGUUCAGCAUCAUCAACUGCCUAAACAUUGCUAAAAAUAAAUCUGUAUACAGUGUGUGUGUGUGCUUAAUAAAUGUGUUGUGUGAUCUA